AUGGCGGUUUACCAAGUCACAGUGCAAAUGUUGUGGAGUGAAGAAACGUUCCCAAAGGACUAUCCGGCACAACGCCCUAAGGCUCAAUGGUCGUCUGUAUUCGGUCAAUCCCACAACAAUUCUUACACAUUAUUCCGCAUUGGAGAAGUAGCGAAGCAAUCUGUUUUAAAUUUCGCACAAUACGGCAAACUGGAUAACUUGAUAGUGGAAGGUGAAGAAGAUCUAAGGGUAUAUGAUCAGUUUUCAGCGCCUCCCGUCGGAAGUGGAACAGGAAAGACGGAGAACUUGGUAUUCGUUGAUGGUGACCAUAGCAAGAUAUCCAUGGUAUGCCGCAUGAUACCAUCACCUGAUUGGUUCAUUGGUGUUGACAGCCUUGACUUAUGUGUGGACUCUUCGUGGGUAGAUCAACUGGUGCUAGACCUGGACCCUUUGGACGCCGGGGCAGCGAGUGGUCUUACAUUCACUGCACCUCGAUGGGAAAAUUCUCCCCCUGAAGCAGUCUCUAGACACAAACCUCGUGAACCAAACCAUCCUGCAGCUGGCUUCUAUUACCCAAAUAGAAGGGAACUUCCACCUAUAGCUAAAGUUCAACUCACUAAGGUAAAAGAGUAUUCGCCGAAAGAGGUAAACGAUUUAGCACGCAAGGAACUUUUGAACAAUCUGCAUAUGAAAGACAAGCUUAAAGGUUUGCCUAAAAGUAAAUCUAACGGGGUUCGUAAUUUAGCUGAUAACAUUCGUGAGGCAACAACUAAAAAUCAUUUUGACCAACUAAUUGACCUAGAAGAGGAACCCGUAGGCACUCCCAGACCAAAUUUACCGGAAAAUUAUGUGGAAGUUGUAACGAAAUCUUCUACAAGAAAUCCGGUCACAACUAACACCGAGUUUGAUAGCGAACUGAAAAAUAUGGAUGACGUGGUGCUUGCAGUGGCCAAUGGUCAACGCUUAGGACUUCGGAAGCGACUACCUAGACAUUUUAGAUCUCGCCUGCAUCAUGCAGUCAACAGAAUUCAACCUGACGACUGCGUGGUAUCUGGUUGGAGCGAAUGGUCGCCGUGUUCAGUGACCUGCGGCUUCGGCGACAAGUUCCGCACUCGUCGCGUGCUCCGAGAGAGGCGCGGCGACGGGCGCAACUGCCCCAACCUCACGGAGAGGCAGCACUGCGUUUCACCGGACUUGAGGUGGCCGGACGCUCGGGGCGCC